CCAACUCUACCUUAUAUAAAACGGAUUUUCCAUCGUAUGUAAAUAGACGGCACGGAGUUUCCGACUAAUUUUUUAUUAGAGCAUCCGGUUUUGUCAUGUCUUUUGCUUGUCCGACAGUCGAGCCAGUGAAAUGUGUAACGAUUAAUUUAAGACAAAGUUUGUUUUAAGAAAUAAAUGGCCAUUCAUUAUUACAGUUGCUUUACAUUUUAAGACCAUACUCAAGUACGUAUUGAAGUAAGGUAGAUAACAGAUAACAAAGAGAUAUUUUAUAAUGAUGUUUACAUUAAUAAUUCAUUAAAUAAAUAGAGGAGCAAACGGGAAGUGAAGUAAAUGUUUCACUAGGUCUCGGACCGGAGUUGUCAAAAAGUAAUUACUAAAGGUUACAAUGGCCAGAGGAGUUAAUAUUGCUGUUGUAAUUAUCUGUGUUCAAAUUCUGCAUGUGUAUUCAGCAUGUGAGGAUGGAUGGUUUGGCAAAGACUGUAAGCUCCAGUGCCACUGUACAAACAACGAGUGUACAGACGACGGUACCUGCAAGAAUGAAAAUAAAUGUCUCGGUGAAUGGUUUGGUCCUGCUUGUCAGUACCAGAAUCUUGCAACAGUUUAUACAGCCACGCUGCGUCAAUCACAAACUACUGCGUGUAAUGCUGCAGUAGCUAAUCAAAAAAUUGAAGUCUCCUGGAACAUUUCCUAUCCCUUCACUUUUUUGUGGGUACAAUUUAAACAAGCGACAAAUUAUCUGACGUCAAACUUAAACAUCAGCAUCACGGACAAAAACUCUACGUGUGACUCCAUUUACCAAUCAGCUAUCAGCCAGGACACGGUUGAGUUCAGAUGUCGGACAACAGUAAAUAUGACACGUCUUGUUUUGUCAGGUGGAAAUGUAAAGAAUGUCUGCUCUAUUUACGUCAGUGGAGGGAGGAAUGUUGCAGUUAAACAAUCUGCUACACAAGACAGUACAUUAACUGACUUUCCUGGACGUUCUGACGCUUCUCAUGCUGUGGAUGGUAAUAGAGACAGUGAUUGGAACAACGGUUUUUGUAUGCAUACCGCCAAUCAGACAUCAAAAGCAACACCUCAUUACUGGACAGUUGAUUUCACUGGUGAAACAUACAGUGUCAACAGAUAUGUUUUAUACAGUAGGUGGGAUCUAAAAACGUAUCCAUACUGUUGUCCUGAAAGAAUCAGUGGGUUUACACUAACAAGUUGGAACAACCAAAGUGACCAAGUGUUCACAUACACGGCUCCUGCUGGGAAACAUGCACUAAUCCACACUGUUGUAUCAGGAUCACGUGAUGUUGCUCGUGUCAACGUCACAUUGGAUGUAGACUAUUUAAAUUUUUGUGAGGCCGAGAUUUAUGGGGUCAACGUGUGCCCAAAGAACAAAUACGGCCUAGACUGUACUAAAGAAUGUAACUGUGUCAACAAUGAACAAUGUCACGUGGACACUGGUACCUGUCCAUCUGGCUGUGCUCCAGGCUACACAUUUGAAGGAUGUCAGACAGAGUGUAGUGCAGGUACGUGGGGUGAUGACUGCCGAAACUCUUGUAGUGUAAACUGUCUCAACACAGGCAAGUGUAACCAUACGGAUGGCACUUGUGAUGGAGGUUGUGUGGCAGGGUUUAAACCUCCGCUCUGUACUGAAGGUUGUGUUAACGGAACGUGGGGCAUUAACUGCUCUACUAACUGCAACAAAAACUGCGUUAAUGUACACUGUAUUUCAGUUAACGGCAGUUGCUCAAAAGGUUGUAAUAAAGGAUACAAAGGAGAACAAUGUUUAACAGAAUGUAGUCCAGGUACAUGGGGUGAUGACUGCCGAAACUCUUGUAGUGUGAACUGUUUUAAUAAAAACAACUGUAACCAUAUUGACGGCACGUGUGAUGGAGGUUGUGUGACGGGGUUUAAACCUCCGCUCUGUACUGAAGAAUGUGACAAAGGCACGUGGGGCAGUAACUGUUCUGAAGCAUGUAACAAGAGCUGUAUUGAGGACGUGUGUAAUUCAAUUAACGGGAGUUGCUUGAAAGGUUGUAAAGAAGGAUACAAGGGACUACAAUGUUCAGAAAAAUGUGAUAGCGGAACUUGGGGAAUGGAGUGUAAAAAUAAUUGCAGCGUAAACUGUUUGACACCGAAUAGUUGCAGCCAUAUCAACGGAGAUUGUAUAUUUGGAUGUGCUAGAGGAUACACUCUCGCAAACUGUUCACUAGCACAAACAGCAAGUGUGACUGCGGACAAUGAUCUUAUAAUUAUAGUGGCUGUUGUUGUCGCUGGUGUAGUUCUUGUAGCCGCUUGUAUUGCUGGUGUGAUCAUAUUGUACAGAAGGCGCGCCACACAAAGACCUAAGACAAGAGAAAUUGAUCUAGACAAAACAGAGGAGGAUAACAGCUGUAUGCCUUGCCUUGAUAGCGAUGAAAAUGGUCUCUCAGCUUCUACUACAGCUCUAUAUGAAGACAAGAAUACGAAGCAAGUAGUUGAUUCUAACAAUGGAUACUACAAUACGGUUUCUAUCCAAGAAGAUACUUCCAUUCCUGUUGAAGAACUUAAUGCGUUUUUGAGCACUCGUGAUAAACUAUUCCUUGAACAACAGUUUAAGAAUCUACCCGCUCCCAAAGAUGUUUCAACAAGUGUUGGGUUAAGUGAGUUAAACAAACACAAGAACAGAUUUAAGAACAUUUGUGCAUAUGACCACUCUAGAGUCCAUCUGGAAAUAAACACAGAUGAAAAUGAAGGAGACUAUAUUAAUGCUUGUUAUGUUGAGGGAUAUAAAAAUGAAGAGAGAUUUAUAGCAUCCCAAGGCCCCAAUCGUGUGAUUUUAAACGACUUUAUCAGAAUGUUAUGGGAACAAAAAGUUGAUAAAGUUGUGAUGCUGACUAAUCUUUUUGAGGAAGGAAAACCGAAAUGUGAGCAGUACUGGCCAGAUGAAGACGAGGCUACAUUUGGUCUGAUCACAGUCAAACUGACAGUCACUGAUGUGUUCGCUGACUACACCAUCAGACAAUUUAUUCUAAGUAAAAAAGGCCACCCACCACACACAGUGAAACAAUUCCAUUUUACAUCAUGGCCUGACCAAGGUGUUCCAUUAACUCCAUGGGCUCUUGUAGAUUUUGAGCAGAGAGUGGCAUCACAGCCUACAGCCACACCAGUUGUUGUACAUUGCAGUGCUGGUGUGGGACGUACUGGAACCUUCAUAGCUCUACGUCACGUGAUGAGAGAAGCUGAGGACACUGGACGCGUGGAUUUCUUUAAAACUUUAAUCAAACUCAGACAGGCCAGAGUCUUGAUGAUACAGACUGCUGAACAGUACGAGUUUCUACAUAAAGCAGCUUGUGUUGCCUUGGUGUGUAUGAAAACAACUGUGGCGUCCAGUGACAUUGAAGAAAGAAUUAAAUUUCUACACAAAAAAACAAAGUCUGGUCAAAGUCAUUUGCAGAAAGAAUUUGAGGCAGUUUGCAGCUUGUGUCAAAAUGUGGAUGAUGGUCACAAAGAAUUUGAUGUAGGUGAUGUUUACCAGAACACAAGUACUGCAGUCAAACAACAGAAGGACAGAGAUACAAAGAUUUUACCACACAAAAUGUACAGAGCACAGCUUGCUAAAGAUACAGCUAAUACAAGUGACUAUAUAAAUGCUGUUCUAAUUCCAAGUUUCAGAAAAAAUAGACAUCAAAUUUUAACACAGCUUCCCCUCCCUUCAACUGUGGUUGACUUUUAUAGACUGGUAACUCAGUACAGAGUGUCACUGGCUGUGGCGUUUGAUGGGGAUGUUCAGUCACAAGAUUAUACGAUAGGGAAUUACCUCCCUGUGAGUACAACCGAACCAUUAACAUGUGAACCUUUUGUGAUUUCAACCAGUGAAAUCAAGGGAGAUAAUAUCCUGGAAGAGCAGAAACUGACCAUCACUAGAACUUCACAGAAAAAGGAGACCCACACAAUGACUCAUGUAAAAGCUGCUAUAAAAAAACUGGAUCCAAAAAAACUUUAUCAAAUUAUUCAGAAAGUCAGGUCACAGGCAUACAAGUUUAAUGGGAGAAUUCUGUUCAUGUGCAGUGAUGGAGCAGAAUGGAGUGGUUUGGCAAGUGUUCUCACACUGUUGUUGGAUAGAAUGGACCACGACCAGCGUCUAACUGUUCCACUUGUUGUUGGUGCUAUCAAGAGUGUACGGCCGGAAGUUAUUUCAUCAUUGAGUCAGUAUGAAGUUUUGUAUAAAGUGUUGGAGAGAUACCAUGAGGUGACAUCUUCAUACAACAAUGUUGGUGACGUCAGGAUUGUGCCAAUUAUUCAGACAAGUGAGAAGGGACCACAUGAAGACUCUGUGUACGCCAACAAUGAUGUUACAUCAGCUGUUUGAGCUAUUGUUUUUAUUGUUUAUUAUAAAAUGACUUAAUGAAUGUUACUAACAAAAUCUAAAGACAUUAUACACAGUUAUUAUAAAUAGUAAAAAUUAUGAAACUGGUAAAGUCUAUUACAGCCUUUAUACAUGUUAGGUUUUCAUUCUGCUUAGGUUUGAAAUAAUAAGGUAAAUAUUUGUAAAAUAGAAGCGUGUUUAUCGCAUAUUCUAAAAUUAAAGGAAAAAUAAAAUCUAGAUAUAAAUCUAUUUAUUUAUGCUACAUGUUUGCAAUGUAAUAACAAUUAUUUAAUAGUGUGCUCUGUUAUAUUGUAAAGGAUGCUUUCAGGGCACAUAACUCUGUACAUUGUUGUAACUUUCCUUUUCAUGUUUUUACAUUUUUAUUAUUUUUAGGUAUCAUGUGCUAUGGCAUAGGCAGGGGUGUGUUGGGGGAGGGGAGGGAAGUUAAUCCCAAACCCCAACUCCUACGAUCAAUCAUGUAAUAGUACACUUCUUGAAUGAAUCUACAACUAUUAAUUAUGCCGAAGUCACAGAAAUAAGUUAACUCUACUUCACUUGCCCAAUAGACCGUCAGGUUUGAAAGGGAAACUUUUUAUUAAUGGCCGCUGGCUUGUGUUACUCUCAAAAAUUAAUUUUCAAUAUUUAGGGAGUCAGGAGAUCAAGAUUUUUUAUUCUUUAAACUUAUUUAAAAAGUUUCAUUUUCCUUUAUACUUUUAGAAAUUGCAUGUGUAAUGUGUCUCUAAUCAGUCUCUAUUCCUUUAUAAAGUGUACAGAGCAAAGACUUAGCACUACUUAUGAAUUUAAUUCAAAUGUAAAUUUGUUUAUCUGAUUCCAAAUGAUCACAACAUUCUUUAUAUUUAAAAAUUAACAUCGCCAUGACAUUUAAUACGAAAAUUUUACAAUCCAUUAAAAUAAUCCUAAAUAAUAUACUAUAUAUAUUUUACUGUGAAUUAUUUUGUUUGAGAUAUUUAGUCUGAGAUCAUUUGUCCUGUCUGCACCCUCCCCCACCCACCGACCCCAACAAAUUAUCUAUCACUUCGAGAAUACCUAAUAUGCAUGUGAAAUUAAAGUGAAAACUCAUGCAUCAACAGAAUGCGUGAGCAUUUUGCUUAGUGUCUGAAAUGGGCCGACAUAGUACCAAUUAAACAGAAUUUCAAACUCUGCCUAGGCAACAUAAAAAAGAAUUAAGACUCUUCCUAGUCAUCCUCUAUAACGCAAAAAAAGCGGAACAGUCAUAGUAUAGAAUAGGCUUAUACCCUCCAGAAUAUCUCUUAAUUUGAACUCUAACCACAAUCCCCACCAUAACCCUAAUCAUAUCUAUGUCACUAUCCCCAUCCCGAAGCCUAUGCCUAAAUUUUCCAAAUAAAGUGGUACUUGGCAUACCAGUGCCCCAUCGCACGAAUAUUUUGAGAUACGAGCAAUCGUGCGAGCAAUUUUCUCCUUUGCAUUUCGAGCGCAUGUUUCUGUGUUCACGGAAAGAAACACCAAGAAAAAGAUGCAGCAGAACGUACAUCGCAGCUCUAUGAUGACACUUAAAAGUUCCCUUUCUAACCUGACGGUCUAUGGGGCAAGUGAAGUAGAGUUCACUUGUUUCUAUGACCUCGGCAUAUGAAGAGAUAGUGUGGUCAGCACUAUGCCCAGCCGCCUUUAUUUUGUCAGGGACGGUCUACUGACUUGAACUUACGGGUUAGCAGUCUAGCUCCCUACUGCUAGACCACCAUAACAACACUUGUUUAACACAUUUCUGCAACGCUCUGAAUUGUGGGUUGCGGAAGGAACAAACAUCAUUCUUAGGUCUCGUUUUAAGCGGCAAGCACGAGAAACUGAGUAAAGUAUGAAAGAAAAAAAGAAAGACAGUAAACAGAAAAGCAGUCACGAAAGUAUAAAGUUCGAUUUUAGUUCAACUAUGUUCAGCAUUAAUGUUAGCAUUAAGUUUUAGGAUAAGGUGCAGCGUUGAGAGUGUAACGAGAGAAUGGAUUAAAGAAACUGAAAGAGUUGGUAUUAACAUUAGAGAGAGAAAGUGAAAGAUGUAGCGCUCCUGCGGCUGACCACUUUACCCUACAUAUCAGCAAACAUUUGCAAUAAGCUCGGGUGAUUGUAAAUGGGUAGGGCCUAUUCACUUUUUAAAACCACUUCAUUUCUUUACAUUCACUUUUAUUAUGAUUUUAUACUUAAAAUUCUUAUUAUUAUGAUUGAAUAUAACAUUUGCUUUUUUUUAUGCAUCCGUUUUAUUAAAAA